GUUUUUUUUUUUUUUCAAACCAAGGACAGUUGAGCCGGAAGUAACAUACUAGGGCUAUGUUCAGAUGAACACAGUCCAAAAAAAUGUACAGGUACCUGAGCAAAUCCAAAAAGUGUUGAAAGUAGACUUCACAGGCAAUAGUGAUCUUUUUAAACCACUGAAAAAGUUUCCAGAAACAUUUUCAUUGGAGGAGAGGGAAUCGUUUAAAGUGCGUGGUGUGAAACUCAUAGAGGAGAAAGUUAAGCCAGCUUUUAAAAAGAUUCAUAAUUAUUAUGUGGAUAAGUAUCUUCCUCAAACCAGGGAGUCCAUUUCUUGCACUCAUUUUCCGGGUGGAAAUGACUUUUACACACAGGCCUUAAAGUUCCACAUUGCAUGUGACAUGUCAGCAGAGGAAGUCCACGAUCUUGGUCGAAAAGAAGUUAAAAGAAUAAGAUCUAGAAUGGAUGAGAUUAUCAAAGAAGUGGGUUUUCAAGGCAACUUUAAAGAAUUUCUUGAUAUGCUGCGAACUGAGAAGCGGUUUUACUUUGAUACGAAGGAACAACUACUGAAUGGUUAUAAAGUUCUAUGUGCGAAGGUUAUCAAGCCAAAGUUGAAUGAUUACUUCAAAGAAAUGCCAAAGAUGACAUUCGAGAUUAUCGAGACGCCAACCGAUGCAGCCCCUGUGGCCCCUGCAGCGUACUAUCUGGGACCUUCUGAUGAUGGCACAAGACCGGGGGUGUUUAUGGUGAACACCUACAAGCACCAUACAAGACCCAAAUAUGAGAUGGUGUCUCUUGCACUACACGAGGCAGUACCAGGACAUCACCUACAAACUGCGUUUGCAAUGGAGCAGGAGGAGCAACCAUAUUUCAGGCGUUAUGUGGAAGACAGGAGGUACUACGAAGUACCAGCACGUUUUGCUAUGCAUACCGCUUAUAUGGAGGGUUGGGGCCUGUAUUGUGAGUUUCUUGGUGAGGAGAUGGGUUUAUAUCAAGAUCCGUACGACUUGUUCGGCCGAUUGUCAACCGAAAUUCUCCGAGCGUGUCGGUUAGUCGUCGAUACCGGGAUGCACGCCUUCGGCUGGAGUCGACAACAGGCAGUAGAUUUUAUGGUGGAAAAUACUGCCAUGUCUUUUCAUAAUGUGAACACAGAAAUUGAUCGAUACAUCAUAUGGCCUGGUCAGGCGUGUGCUUACAAAGUGGGCGAAAUCAAGAUAAGGGAAUUACGAAGGAAAGCAGAACAGAAACUAGGUGAUAAAUUUGAUAUCAAAGAUUAUCACCAAGUUUUUCUGUCGGCUGGACCAAUGGGCCUGGACACGCUGGAAGAGGCUGUGGACGAGUACAUAGAGAACACCAUGAACAAAUGAACACACGAGAGACUGGCUCUGUGCACGAACCUCGACUGGCCUCGUGGUCCCGCAAUUUUCACCUGAUUACCGUGUUGAUUAUUUAUACCCCGGUAGUCAUAUUUCCCUUGAUUGUCAAUCCCAUAUCUCUCGUCAUAUUUCCCUUGAUUGUCAAUCCCAUAUCUCUCGUCAUGGGUUAAUCCCCGAAAACUGCAUUCACCUUCUUAAUUGUCUGCUGCACCUCCAUGUUGCAAUACACGCCCAUGAUAUCAGCCGAUACCCAUCAUUGUUCUUCCCUGUUAAACUCCCCUUAUGACAAGAGAUUCCUUCAUUACCUCUUGGCUUUCUUUCGGUUCUCCCAAAAUUACAAGUCCAUGCAAUCAAUUCGAUUUUUAAAAAAGUUGAGGAAUCAAAUCAUAAAUUACAGCGUAAAUGAACCACACAGAAUAUGAACUUUCGCUCCAACAAUUUCGGACUAAUACAAAACAAAUUGAGGUUGGAAUAGCAUUAAUAUAAAUACUUAAAGAUAGAAUAUUAUUUUAGGUCGUUAAUUGAAUUGAAUUCGUAAUAAAGCUUUUUUAAUUUAGAAGAGUGUCCUCCUGCUACCCUGAUAGGUAUGUUGAAAAAAAAAAAAAAAACCAUAAAGUAGAAUUGAAUUGUUGGGAAAUCUUUCUUAAAAUAUUAUGCGAGUAUCGAAAAUAGUGAAUUGAAAAAAAUUUCUAGCUUGCUCUAAAAGCAAUUUUGGGAUCUAUAUUCUCUUUUUAAAAAACUGAAAUGACUAAAAUUAAUUAAAAGAAGUUUCGCCUCCACUGACUCAGAGAACGGAACAGUUCAAUCUUGACUAAGCAGUGCCGUGAUGGGAACUUUUUGAUGUUGAUAUAAACACAAAAACCGUACAACUUGAUGAUUGUAUUUAUUUAUAAUUAAAGUGCUACGAACACGUGGAUAAUAUUCCUCCAAAAUAAUACUUACAGUCGAAACAAAACCUGGCGAAAAACUACGACUAAAAGUACUCAAAAAUCCUAAAUAAUACAUACAACUUUAAGGCCCUGAUCUAGCUUGAUGGGAAUUUCUGAAGUUUGUGAUCAUGGUUUUUCUACGAUAUCUUUGUUCUUAAUUUCUCUUGAAAUUUUGUUGGGUUAUUCCUAGCCAGUGGCUUUGUAUGUCAUCAGUAGGUUUCAUUUCUCCAAAGGAAUGGAGCUUGGGCCUGAAAAAUAAGCUAUUUAUUAGGAAUACAUGUUAAUCGAGACUGGACGGGUAAGACUAGGAGAAGGAAAAGCGCGCACAACGGAGAAAGGUCAAACUUGAGGAUUUUGACUCAUUUCACACAUCCUAUAAGUAAUUUUGGUAUGGAGCAGGUCUUCCUUAACCAAGGCCUUUGCGCACUUUGGCUGUACGGGUUGAAACAUAAAAAGGAAAAAUUUGGGAAAAUAAACUGCUUUUCUCGUGA